GGGUACACACAGAAACACACAUAGGUAACGAAGGUCGAUGUGAAGCUGAAUUAAUUAAGCGUUUAGAAAACCUACAUUUCGGUGGAAAAGUGCUUGACAUCCUUAUGGCAAUGAAGAUGUUCAGACACUUUGGCUUUUCCAUCGGACUGUUUAAAGCGUGUUGGAGUCGCCAGAGUGAGAAAAUGACUCAGUACUGCAGAUCGGUUCAUGUUGACAGUCCUUCUGCUUCGAACAUGAGCUAUGUCCAUGGCCCUACUUCUGUGCCUCUCCUCUCUCUGACUGUUGGUCAAAGUUUACAAGCAACGGUAAAUAAAUGGCCUGACCGAGACGCUGUGGUCUUUCUUCAAGACGGAGUUCGAAAAUCAUUCUAUCAAUUUCAGCAUGAAGUAAAUCAUCUGGCUGCUGGUCUUCUUGCACUCGGCCUGCAGAAAGGCAACAUGCUCGGCAUUUGGGGACCAAAUACUUAUGAAUGGAUCUUGUUCCAGUUUGCCACAGCAAAGGCUGGAAUCAUCAUGGUGUCUUUGAAUCCAGCUUAUAAAGUCAGUGAGUUGACGUUUGCCCUGAGAAAGGUGCAAUGUAAUGCAGUGGUGUGUCCUACUCAGUUCAAGAGUCAGAGGUUCUAUGAUAUGCUGAGACAGAUCUGCCCAGAACUCAACACUGCAGUGUCUGGUAGUAUUAGGAGUGCCAGCUUGCCAGAUCUGCGUAAUGUGAUUGUGACAGACGGAAAGGAGUCUGGUAUGUUGAAUGUGGACGAUGUGAUGCAAGCAGCAGAGAGUCGGCACCACCAGCAGCUGGACAGAUUAGAGGGUAUCCUAAGCCCUGAAGACCCCAUCAACAUUCAGUUUACAUCGGGUACAACAGGGAACCCAAAAGGUGUCACUCUGUCCCAUCACAACAUUGUGAACAAUGCGUAUUUCAUCGGGCUGCGCAUGGGCUACAACUGGAGAACAAAUGUACGAGUUUGUGUUCCUGUGCCCCUGUACCACUGCUUUGGGUCUGUUUUGAGUGGAAUGUGCAUGGCAGUUCAUGGCAUCACGUUGGUCUUUCCUUCAACUGCAUAUGAUGGACAGGCAAACUUGGAGGCUAUUGAGAAAGAGAAAUGCACAGUUAUCUAUGGCACCCCAACAAUGUACAUUGACUUGCUGAAUCAACAUUUUGGGAACAAUGACCUAUCCUCACUUGAGACAGGUGUCAUGGGUGGGUCCUCAUGUCCCCCUGAAGUCAUUUGGAGAGUGAUAAAUGACAUGAAGGUUAAAGAGAUAACGGUGGCUUACGGAACUACAGAAAACAGUCCGAUCACAUUUCUGGGGUUUCCUUUGGAUGAGCUGAAGCGUAAGACUGACAGUGUUGGGUACAUCAUGGACCACACUGAGGCUAAGGUAGUGGAUUCAUUGUCUGGGCAACUGAUUCCUCUGGGACAACCUGGAGAGCUGCUCAUUCGAGGUUACUGCGUCAUGCAGGGCUACUGGGACGAGCCUGACAGAACACAGGAGAGCAUCUCAGAGGACGGUUGGUACAAGACGGGUGAUAUCGCCAGCCUCGAUCAAUAUGGCUACUGUCGUAUCGAGGGACGCAUGAAGGAUGUUAUUAACCGUGGUGGGGAAAAGAUCUUCCCUGCUGAGGUUGAACAGUUUUUACACAAACAUCCGAAAGUGAAAGAUGUUCAAGUGGUCGGUGUGAAAGACGAUAGGCUGGGAGAGCAGGUUUGUGCCUGCAUUAAGGUAGCAGAAGGUCAGCACUGCACUGUGGAGGAGAUCAAGGCUUACUGCAAAGACCAGAUCUCCUACUUCAAAAUCCCACAUUAUGUGAUGUUCAUUGAGAGUUAUCCACUUACUGCUUCAGGGAAAAUCCAGAAAAAUAAACUGCGUGCAGAAAUGGAGAACAGCCUCGGACUGUGAUGUGGUCUCAACACUAUGCCCACAGAACAGGGAUCCAUACAAGUUAGUUGGACAUUUUAGCAUGUUAGAGAUAGAAUUUUUUUAAAAAAAAUAAUUAAUUAAAAUGGAUGAUCAGUCACUUUUUAUACUGACAUUUUAAACUUUAUUGGACAACUGUUUUAUCAUUAUAUUUUGAAACAAUAUACAAUAUGUAAAAUUCACACUUCCUCUCAAAAACAUGCCAUAAGGAAUUUGAAAUAAAUUAAUGAGCUGUAAGACCCAGUCUUGGUAUGUACAAAUUUCCUGGACAAACCUUUAAUGCUUACAAUCUUAUAUACAUGUGACAAUGCAGAAUCAAUAGAGUGCUCAAUAACUUAAUAUACUGUGUGAAAUUAAAUACAAAGGGGCAAACAAAAGUGCUCCAACAUUGUGUGGUUUACAAAGUGCUGGUACAGGCAAGUUGAACUGAAAAACAGAAACAACCGACAGUACUAUAGAAUUGUGAAUGAAAUAAAUUAACAGUGACUGUCAAACCAACCAGCAAUGUCAAGAAGCACGAGACAGAGAUGAGGUAAACACAGCCACUAACAAUUCCUCAACCAAUAUACUUCAACUGACAACAUCGUAUCAUAACCAGUUUACAUAGCCAAAUAAUGUUCUAUAGAUAAAACAGUAUCAUCUUCAUUAUAACCAUUCUAAGCUAGGAUGCUGGCUGGAGUAAUGUUAAAAGGUGUACUACUGAGAAUAGUGGUGUUUAAAGUUCUGUAGUUGGAAUUAAUAACAUAUUUCAGAAUGUCAAUGUUGUACUGUCAAUGACAACUGUCUAAAGCUAAUAUAGUGACAGUGAGGUUUUCUAUGUCAGUAGCUAUCCAACCAGCCUGCUGAAGCAGCAUACAGAGCAGAGACACACGUGAAUAAUUCAAAGGGCCAGUAUUGAGAGUAAGGGAUCUUUCCAUGCCGUUUUGAAAGGCCAAAACAGUACAUUCCAGGUCAACCCCCCACCGCUCUCAGUAAAAAAUAAAAGACCUAAUUAGAAUGUGACUCUGGAUGCAAACAAUAUGGAAUUCAGUUAUAGAGGUAUAUGCUGUAUACAUCACUGAUCUUUUCCAUAUCUGCUUCAGCCACCCAACCUGAAAUAUAUUUCUGUCCUAAAAAAAAAAACCAAAAAAAACUUUUUUUAUUUUUUUUUAAACAAAAAAUUGUUCACUUGUGCAACAACUUGGAACAAGCCAAAAAAAAAAAGCAGAGGCCUGUUUGGG